CGCCCCUUCCGAGCUCAUUCCUGGAUUUGGUCAGAGGUCCGAAUUUGUAUUGCCGAAGAUUUGGGGCUUCGAGGACUUUGAACGACCGUGCUCAAAAUCCUAUUUUUUCUUCAAGUAAUGGACAUUUGGUUACUAUUUUUGCCUCCAGUUUGUUCCUGAAGGAAAAGCUAGCUUAGCUACCACAACCCCGCCCAUAAGCAGUUUUUCAGUUGCUAUAAAACCAUAAUGGUUGACUAUAUGAAACUGAUGAAAUAAGCUAUAAGUGGCUUUAUAGUACACUAUAAUAGACCCGAGACGCUGAGGAUCUAUAACCAAUAGUAAGUUGACUUUUAAGGGCAUAAUUUGACCGAAAUUAAUCUAAUGAAAUUUAGCCAUUAAUGUAGGCUAGCCCCCGUGCUAGCGGGCUCCGUCAGAAGCGUAAACAUUUAAAUACUAAUUGGACCGUUGACAAAAGUAUUUAUAGUAUUUAUUUUUACAGUCUAAUAUUUAUAGUAUGAGCUCACACAGGAAAGUGGACGGAGAACAGACGCUCCGCUUCUUUGUGUGUGAGACGGACGGGAAGCAACGGAGCCGAGCACUGCGUUAAAUAACCAUAAGCAAUCUACUCAUAAAGAUUGCCGUAGGCAGGGAAUGCUCGCGCUUAUGUCGGAUUUUUUUGCCUGCCAACUUCCUAGGGUUGCUCCCCGGAUCGAACCCGCAGUCUAUACAUAAAGAUUGCAUUAGUGUGAGGAUGGUGGAUUUGUCUUCGUAGCUUUGUCUUGUGUCAUACUAGGGCAGGCGACCCUCCGCAGCCAGGGUCUGUAUCACCGUGUACAAUCUGGGAUAAAGAUUGAGGAUGUCUCCGGAGGAGUGUCCUCUCCACUUUAACAGGCGGGAUGGCCAAAUGUGUUGGAUCAGUUUCGCUUUCGUCCUUUUGAGAGACACCAGAGGCAAGAGCGCUUUUCACGGAGCCGCCGUUGGAGUUUACAACCUGAAGAGCCGCUCUGUGGUUCUUGUUUUUCUAGUUAGCCUGUGUUGGGCAGCCAACGACGUGCUCUGACAGCAGCUCAACUCAAUCUGGUAGAAGUGCCAUUGUUCUCGGGAUAGCCAGUGGUUGAAGAUGGCGUCGACAGAGUGGUUAACCAGAGGGCAGGGCUUAGACGAUUCUAGUGAAUCACUCAGAGAUCACAAGCUCCCUCCCUUUGUGAGCACAUUGGGCAAAGCCUGGUUAGGAUCCGGUCUGAACAGCUGAAUGACUGAUGUCUACUUUACCCAAUGCCUUUUAAAGACCUAAUGCGCUUCUCAUUUUAGGGUUUUAAUUAGUUCAUCCAUCAUCCCUUUCUCUUAAUGAUUACGUUAUUAAUUUUUUCUACAUUGCUCAUGUCAAUUCAUAUGGUAGAUCUGUAUUAUAAAAUAUAUUGCAAGUAAAAUUGUAAUACCUAACUAUAUCCAUUGUCGUAAACCUUGAUCUUAUUAUUUUCUUAACUUGCACAACCAUUUUUACUGCCUAAAUUGUAAAUUGGGCAAUGUUAACAAUUGACUUAAAUUUAAAUGUAUAACAAUUGUGACAUUUGCAGGAAAUUUGUAGUUUUGCAGUGUUUUGGAGGUCAGACAUUAUUAUACAUCUACUACAACAGUUCCACGGGUAAGACCAAACUGAUUCCUCACAUGACAUUUGGAAUUCACAUUUCCUUCAAAUUUGUGAAUGAUUAUGAAACUAUUCUUUAAUUGAAUUGGCAAUAAAAAUGACCUUAGUGAAGUGUGUAAUAGGCUUGGUAGUAGUACUGCUAAUAUACACUUUAACGCACAUGCAUGGAAAUAAGGCUUAAAUGUUUUAGUAACGUUCUCAACAUUAAAUAUAUUAAUUCAUAAAUAUAUUUUCUUAUUUACCAUUUCACCUCUUAAAAGUAGAGGUCUGAGCUGGCAUAAAUGGCAAGUUCCCUUAUUUAUGUAGAUCACGUGGAAUUCGCCAAACAUUUUUGGUUGUACGUUGUUGCUUUGUUUGUGUUGCGUAAUUGGACUGACAUGGUUCUUUCAAAACAUCCAAAAGUGUUUUCACACGAACAGGCAGCAGGGGGCAGUAGAGAAGCUGCUUCCUUGUUAAGCCCAGAGUCACAUGGUACUAGAUUGAGAUAAACACUGAAAGCUAUUGUAGCAGGAGAUAACGUUUCAAGUUGGCAUGCUUAAUAAUAAACAUAAUUUUUGGGGAUUAUUCUAAUCACUCUAUGAUAAUUGAACAACGUGACAUUUUCAAAAAGGAAAGUCUAAGAUGGCACUUGCAUUAUUUACUAGAUAUUCUUUUUGAACAUUUGGGAGUAUAUAGGCCUACCAUAGGAACUUAUUUAUAUUUAUACAAUUUCCUAGUUUACCAUUUACGUGUGCCAUUCUUAAAACUAAUAUUUAGGAAAAAUAUGUUUAUUUUCUGUGUGUUUACACUUGUUUCUUGGCUCCAAAUAAAGAAUAGACUUUUAAGAAAUGAAUGUCCUACCGUUUGAGAUGUCAAAAUAUGAGCUUCCUUUUUAAUAUGGUGGCGCCAUUGCUUCACUGCCACCGCUGAGGCUGAACUCAACUGGAAAUGACCGGUCACACACAGAAAAGAUCAAGACAUGGCGGUUGGCCCUGUCGACCCACGGGAGAUCCUGAAGGGGGUUGAAGCGCUCCUGGGGAAAGAUGGGGAGCUGCGCAGCUUGGAAGGAGUUCCCAAAGUUUUCAGCCUGAUGAAAAACUCCACCAAGAUGGUCAGUCGCUGCAUGUACAUGAACAUCCUGCUGCAGACCAAGUCCCACGACAUCCUCAACAGGUUUAUUCGAGUUGGGGGCUAUAAAUUGCUCAACGCUUGGCUGACCUACUCCAAAACCACCACCAACACGCCUCUUCUGCAGCUCAUCCUGCUCACACUGCAGAAGCUGCCUCUGAAAGUAGACCACCUCAAACAGAACAACACUGCAAAGCUGGUGAAGCAGUUAAGCAAGAGCGGCGAGACUGAAGAGCUGCGGAAGCUGGCGACCGUGCUGGUGGAGGGCUGGAUGGCCAUCAUCCGCUCACAGAGUGUCCCCAACAGUGGGACGUCGCCAGCAGAUAAGAAGAAGAAGGAGGGCAAAAUGCCCAUGCGAGAAAUGAAGGAGAAGGCGGCGGCAGUGGAGGAGGAGAAGAAGAAAGAGAAGCCCAAGGCCCACGCGCCCAGCCACGCCAAGAUCCGCUCCAUAGGCCUGGAGAUAGAAGUGGCCAGCCCUGCCCUGGUUAAAAAGACUCCCGCCGCCCCUCAACUGGGAGACAAGUACAACAUCAAGCCUGCUGUUCUCAAGAGGCCCAGCAACGGGCCUUUAGAUCCCCCGCCGGUGGAGAAGAAAUACAAACCCCUGAACACGCCCUCCAACUCAGCCAAAGAGAUCAAAGUGAAGAUCAUUCCCGCUCAACCUAUGGAGUGUACCGGUUUUCUGGAUGCCUUGAACUCUGCGCCUGUGCCUGGCGUCAAGAUUAAGAAGAAGAAGAUGGGCUCUCCCGCCGGCGGGGCCGGUACCAGUCCCAGUGCCAAGGCCGUGUCCCCGACCUCCAACAAGCCAAACCCCUUCGACAAGCCGGCCAACUACCAGGGCCUGACGGCCAAGCCCUCGUCCCCAGAGGGGGCGUCGUCGUGCCCCGCCCCCAGCGAGGACAGCCAGGACAUGGAGCCCCCCGGGACCCCCGUGCCCGCCGACGACCCCGAGGCCUCUGACACCGCAGAGAAGCCGAACGCGCUGGCGGAGCCGCGGCGCGAGGAGGAGACGCUGACCAAGAAGGGCAAGAAGAAGAAGAGCGUCCGCUGGGCCGAGGAGGAGCAGCUCAAAGAGUACUUCUACUUUGACCUGGACGAAACGGAGAGAGGUGGGCAAAUCCAUAUGACCACCACAGUCAACGUGAACAAGAUCAAGGACUUCGGCGAGGCAGCCAAGCGGGAGAUGAUGAUGGACCGUCAGACCUACGAGAUGUCCCGCCGGCUGUCCCACGACGCCAUGGAGGAGCGGGUCCCCUGGACGCCCCCCCGGCCCUUCACGCUCACCGGGAGCCUGGUGCACUCGGGCUCCGGCAGCACGGAGAAGCUCACGCAGAGGGACCGCGAGAUGGGCAUCCUGCAGGAGAUCUUCCUCAGCAAGGAGAGCGUACCGGACAGCCCUCACGAGCCGGACCCCGAGCCGUACGAGCCCAUGCCGGCCCGCGUCAUCCCGCUGGACGAGGACUCCAGCAUGCCGGAGGACGGCUACAUGGAGCCCAUGGACACCACGCCGCAGCACGCCGCCGCCCUGGGCCUGGGCCUGGGGGAGGGCUCCAAGCUGCCCCCGGUGCUGGCCAACCUCAUGGGCAACCUGGGGGGCAGCGGGCCCCCGCAGGCCCCCGGCAACCCGGCGGCCCCCAGCGUCAACGUCCAGGAGCUGCUCUCCUCCAUCAUGGGGGCGCAGGGGAACCAGUCCACGGAGGACCUCAUCAAACAGCCCGACUUCUCGGACAAAAUCAAGCAGCUGCUGGGCUCCCUGCAGCAGAGCCAGAACCAGAACCAGAACCAGAACCAGAACGGACCCCCGCCAGUGAACCCGGGGCUGCUGGGCCACGGCCCCAUGAACAACAUGAACAACAUGCAGAUGCCCAUGAACGGCUACCCCCCCAACCAGCCCCCCGGGGCGCCCCGCUUCCCCCACCCCCCGCCCCCCCACAACCACGGCCCCCCCUUCAACGCCGGCCCCCGCAUGAUGGGGCCGCCGCCGGGCCAGGGCCACGGGGACAACGGGGGCAACUACUGGGGCGACGACUCCAUGAGGGGCGGGCCGCCCCGCGGGGGUCACUUCCACCGCGGAGGGCGCGGCAGGGGAGGCGAGCCCGGUCCCUUCAGGGGCCGCGGGUCCCGUGGGGGGCCCCGCGGCGGACACAACAACAUGAACGACAUGUCCAAGAGGCCGGUGUGUCGCCACUUCAUGAUGAAGGGAAACUGCCGCUACGAGAGCAACUGUGCCUUCUACCAUCCGGGGGUGAACGGGCCGCCCCUCCCCCCCAACCAUCCCGCCCACAACCAGCACCCCCCCCACCCCCAGCACGGACACUGAGGGGCCGCGCCCCUGGCGCCUCGCCCCCGGCGCCCAGACUUUGUCAGCCCAGACUUGCCGCUGCGGGAGGCUGAGACCCCGGGAGACGGAGGGAGGUCCUCCGACAACCCCUCCCCCCCCCCUCUGGGCACCCUGACACUGGUCUCCGCCCGCCCCGGCUCUCCAUCCAAUGAUGACUUUAACUUAUGGACCUGCUCAUUUGUUUGUUUUGUUUGUUUUAAAGUGUAAACCCCUUUUUUCAAAGUGCUAAAAUCACACGACUGAAAACCCCCCCCUCCUUAACCACUUCUGGAGCCAGCAGCGACCCCAGGUUGAGCUGCGCUCCGCUCGCCUUUCAUUCCCCGCUGAACACACACCACUACCAUGAGAGGACUGGGUCCUACUGGCUAAAGGCCCACACCUCUCAGGGUCCGUUGAGCUCCUCCACCAACAGUCAAAUCGUGUCUGGGGUGAGGAACACGUUGAUGUCCACAGUUGUGUCCACAUGUUUGCAAGUAUUGGUAUUCUUUUGGCUGCCCCAAAGUAGACGGUAGGACAGGAUUAUUGGGGGCCCUGUGCCCAUAGUGUUGUGAUGAGUAUGUGGUGAGAUGACAAGAGGAAGCACUUCCCACUCAGAGGGCCCAACAGAAGCUCCAGUCUUCCCCGAGCAAUCCUGUUCUCUUGAAGUUUUAUCAAAUCACUAUUACAAUCCAGACUCCCAUGAACCACACCAUGAAGGGGACGUGUAUUAACCCAUCUAGUCCACCUUCCUGGAGCUCUGAACUCCACAUCAGAGCUGGGAAGUCGCUCUAUGAACAGAUACUAUUGGCCUUUGUUGUGCUAUCAACUGUAAGCCGUUUGGUUACCCCAACAAUAAGAGAAAUGCAGCACCAAGGUUUCUGAGCAUGCUCCUGCAGAAACUCCCUGCUCUCCCUGUCUCUGGUCCCCGGGUCGUGUUGCUGCUUCUCCACGUGGGUCAACAUGGCGGAGAAACGCAUCGUCAGUGUUAAAACGACUUGUCAAAGACUGAUCAACUGCUGUUUGUGUCAGGUAUAUCGUGUUUUCUGUGAAAACAAUGGCCUUCGUGUCUCUUGUGGGACUGUGCAAAUGUUUUUUUUUUCUUUUUUCUGUGGCACCAAACCCAGAUUUUAUUUCGAUGCAGUGCUAAUAAUAAUAAUGAGGCCUCUUAUAUAAGAGGGGCAAACUUUUUUUGGGGGUUUAUGAAAUGUUAAUAUUUUUGUUUGUAAAUAGGUGCACAUCCGACACACAUAAGUACGAGUAUGUUUUGUACACAAAUGUAUCUAAUAAAUGUCUCAAAGUAAAAUUUAAACGAUAA